AAUAUUUUUGUGAAAUUUUAAGCUCUCUGUAAAACCAGUGUAAAUAUUCUGCCUAGUCGAGAAAUUUAUUAAGGUUUAUUGUGCUAAAGGUUAGUUAAAUGGCAGUUGAUCUUUGGCAGACAUGUUUGAUCACCUUUACAAACUCCAAAGUAUCUUUUGGAACCCAUACAUUUAAACUAUCUUUUGGAACCCACUAACUAGUAGAUGACCUCAAGCAAGGCAAGAAAGUUUGGAGAUGUCAGGUGAAUACAUAUUUUGGAGUGUGUACCAUCUAUGAUAUACAUAAAUUACCCAUCUCCCUUAAUCCAGACAAAAGCUGUGUGAGGCUGGAAAUAUUGUCCCAGUUUUAUGAUUGAGCAGUGGUGAAGACUGGGUUUGAAUCCAACUGUGUGUAGGUGACUCCAGAAUGCCUACGCUUUUAUUGUCCUGACUCACUUGUUGAGAGGUUUGUGUGUAGGUUAAUGGUUUUCAGAUGGUGCUAUAAGUCUCUGUAACAGAUCCUUUGGAAGUUUGGGAAAAAUGAUUUUUUUUCUCUCAGAAUCAUUCUUUCCCUUUGACUUGUUUUAUACAUUUCGGUUCAGUUUUAACUGUUUGGAAAGAGUUUCCCUGCUUAAAACAUUUGGAGUCUCCUGCCCUAGAAGCCUGAGACCUCUCUAGAAUGAAUAUGUAUUAGAAAAUAAAAAUGUAAGUAAUAACAGUCUUUAUCUAAUUUUAAUGAUAUUUCUAUUCCUAAUGAUGUUUUGUGUAGCCUAAUAUUAAAAUGAAGUUGAAGUGUUUGAACACACUAUUAAGAGGGCUGGGAAGUGAUUAGAAUUAAAAUUUGAUGUGGAAAAUGGGUAAUCUGCAACUUACUGCACAGAGUUCACUCCCACUACAGCUCCUGCUGCGUUUGCAGGCUGCCCUGUAAGCAUGAUGUAAUGACAGGUUAAACCCCGGAGUGUACUACCUGACGCAGUGCAAAGCUGAGGCCCAAGACUUUAUUGGGGCACAGGUAAUGCUUCUUUAAAAACAAAACAAGCUUCUCUGUUUAAUGAGGCCAUUUAAGAUGGUUUUCCCAGAGUGGGAAGAGAGUAUAAUCUCAGUUUGGAGGUUGAAGGAGUUUAAUAUGGUUAUGUAGUGUUUACUACUCUCACUGCAAUCUUUUCGAAGGGAGAGAAGGAGUUUCAAGUAUGGUGCCGACAGGGGUAGAAGUAGAGGAGUGAGUUAGAAUUGAAGAAAUAUGGUAGUUGACGCCCGGUAAAUAGUUAAUGAAGUGUGGAGAAUGCUUUUACUCUAUGUUCACACGGUUAACCAGGAGAAGAGCACUUGUCUGGCCAUGUAUGUCCCAUAUACUCUGUGUAGGUCUUAGGUUGAAAUGAUACAAAAUUGCCAGUAUCUGUUUUGUUCUACGGAAAGGCAUGUUUCAAUCUAAAUGUAAGCUUGUGGAAGUGCUGAGGUCGCAGUGUUGCUGGGGGUCAAGGGUAGGGUUGGAGUUGCUCUACGCCAUGCCCCGGAGCUGUCCUGGGCUGGGAGGGCGGAGCUUGUGGGCGUGCCCACAGCGUUAGCCCCGCCCCUGAGGGCCCCGCCCCACCAGCCCCGCCCCACGCUAGCUGCGCCGCGAGCCUGGGGCCGGCUGGCAUUGCGGGCCGGAGCAGGCUUGCCCAGCGGCGGCCAGGCCCCAGCCCUGGGCUCCGCGUGGCUCUCCCGGCAGGCCGGACCCUAGAGUAGCUCCAGAGCUGGCUCCGAGGCCUCGCUUACUCCAGCCUCCUCGCACUCUACAGCCCCGUCCUUCACCCAAUCUGGCUAGCUAACGAAUGUGAGGAAGACAAACUUGCAAGACUGACGGUUUAGGGCGCAGAGGAGGACAGCUCAGUGAUGGCGCCCAUUUUUGGAAACGCAGGCGAAUUUGAGCUCGCAGGGAGGUGUGGUCGACUUCUGCUGGGACGGGAGAGGCUUCAUUUCUCUGCGGCUGCGGUGGCCGGUGCUUUGGAAGAGUGAAAUGGAGUGUUAUAGAGCAGGGCACUUAUCUUCGCUUCUUGAAAACUUGAACUCGGACAUGCGUAGGAACAGAAGGUGUCCAGGAGGGGCCUCUGUUAAAAAUCGUAUUUGCUUCUGGGGGAAGGGCUAUGAGCUACCUGACUUCUCAUGACCGGGAAGUCUCCCUUACCUUUUCUGUACUCCUGGAGGGGCGUCUUGCUCACAUGUUUACCAGCAGCUGGGACAAGGAAGAGAAAAGAAAUGAGCCGCCAGACUGCAACAGCAUUACCUACUGGAACCUCGAAGUGCACGCCGUCCCAGAGGGUGCCCGCCCUGACUGGCACAACUGCAUCCAACAAUGACUUGGCGAGUCUUUUUGAGUGUCCGGUCUGCUUUGACUAUGUGUUACCGCCCAUUCUUCAGUGUCAGAGUGGCCAUCUUGUUUGUAGCAACUGUCGCCCGAAGCUCACAUGUUGUCCGACUUGCCGGGGCCCUCUGGGAUCCAUUCGCAACUUGGCUAUGGAGAAAGUGGCCAAUUCCGUACUCUUCCCUUGUAAAUAUGCCUCUUCUGGAUGUGAAAUAACUUUGCCACACACAGAAAAAGCAGACCACGAAGAGCUCUGUGAGUUUAGGCCUUAUUCGUGUCCGUGCCCUGGUGCUUCCUGUAAAUGGCAAGGCUCUCUGGAUGCUGUCAUGCCCCAUCUGAUGCAUCAGCAUAAGUCCAUUACGACCCUACAGGGAGAGGAUAUAGUUUUCCUUGCUACAGACAUUAAUCUUCCUGGUGCUGUUGACUGGGUGAUGAUGCAGUCCUGUUUUGGCUUUCACUUCAUGUUAGUCUUGGAGAAACAGGAAAAGUACGAUGGUCACCAGCAGUUCUUUGCAAUUGUCCAGCUGAUAGGAACACGCAAGCAAGCUGAAAAUUUUGCUUAUCGACUUGAGCUAAAUGGUCAUAGGCGGCGAUUGACUUGGGAAGCGACUCCACGCUCUAUUCAUGAGGGAAUUGCCACAGCCAUUAUGAAUAGUGACUGCCUAGUCUUUGACACCAGCAUUGCACAGCUUUUUGCAGAAAAUGGCAAUUUAGGCAUCAAUGUAACUAUUUCCAUGUGUUGAAAUGGCAAUCAAUAUUUUCUGGCCAGUGUUUAAAACCAUUGCAUUCAGUUUCACAGAGAAUAAGGCACCCAUCUGCCUGUCAACCUGAAACUUUUGGUAGGUGGAAGCUAGACACAUGAAGGUAAAUAAAAGGAAAGGCUGUUAAAUACAGGAAACAGUUGCAUGUAGUAACACUAAUAUAUUUAAAAAUAAGUCAACAGUAAACCACUGAAAAAAUAUAUAUAUACACCCAAGAUGGGCAUCUUUUGUAUUAAGAAAGGAAGCAUUGUAAAAUAAUUCUGAAUUUGUGUUGUAGAUUGUACUGUUGAAAAAUACUGGUUUUUUUGUUUUGUGUGUUUGCUGGCGAGUUGCUGUGUGUGUGUGUGCGCGCGCGUGUGUUUUUUUUUUUUUCCUUUAACCGACAAGCCAUGUUGAGUGGUCUUGGACCACUGCUUUUCCCCUUUGUGAGUCAAUACAUAGUGCUGCUGUGUGUGUAUAUUUUUUUUGUGUGUGUAUUUGCUAAUUUUUAUUAAUUCUAGUUUUUCAUUAAAUUUGACUUUCUUUUCUGUAAUUCAGGUUUUUCCUCACUUUUUUUUGUACCUUUUUAAAGUUAGUGUCUUUUUGAUAUGCAUAAUUGUUUAUGGUAAAGUUUAUACAUAUGUGUUCAAUACGUAUUUUCUUUUCCACCAUUAAUCAGUUCAUUAGAAAUAUUUUACAUUCAACUCUUUUGAGAAGAUACAAGUUCCAGAAAGGAAAGGUAACAGCAGAAUUAUCAGAAGCUAUUUAAAGCAGCUGUAAGAUGGUCUCUUGUCUGUCUGUCUCUUUUUCUCCAGCUGAGUCAUACCUUUGAACUUACUCUUUGAAAGUUUAGGGUAUACUGAUUUUUUUUUUUUUUAAUACUGGAAAAAAGAAAUCAGGCUUUUUUUUUUUUUUCCUUUCAAAUAUCUUGGACAAAUCACAUGUUUAAAAUUUGUUCUUGUAUUUAUUGGUUUUGCAGAAGAAGGCAUCGUCUUACACAGUUUGUAAUCAAAAGCAAAUCAUUUGUUUAAAAAAAGGCAGUUUGCAAAAAAUGUUUUUGGUCUUUUAUAAUUCUCAUUAAAAGAAUAUCUGGCAAA